CGGAGCCUGGCUGCUUCCCCUUGGCACAGGCUGCGGUUCCCUGGUCCAAUCCCCGGUGGAUCCUGUCCCUCCCUCCCUCUUUCUUGGGAGGGACUAAGGCAGCUCCCUGGGGAUAAAGAGAGGAGCUGUGGCCACUCAGCCCACAGUGAACUCCUUGAUCCUGCCCCCCCUCGGGAACAGCCACCAGGAGCCACCUCGCCAUGAAGCUGCUCGCAGUCCUCCUGCUGGCUGCCCUCCCCCUUUACUGCUCUGCAGGUUCUGGCUGCCAAUAUCUCGAGGACGUUAUCGCAAAGACAAUUGAUCCAGAAGUAUCCAUAGAAGAGUUCCUAAGUUUCAUUGAGGAGUUUGUGCAUAAUGAUUCCACUCAGACAGCCGUGGAGGAAUUUAAACAAUGUUUCCUGAACCAGUCCAACGAAACUCUGGCCAAUGCUCAAGGGAUGAUGGACAUCAUGUACAACAGCAUUUACUGUACACAUUUCUAAGUUUCCACAAGAACUUGACUCAACUGCAAAACAUGUUCAGAAACUGACUACGGAUGCUGUCCUGCUCUUUCCCAAUUUUGUUCUUCUACCUAUAAAUUGCAAGACAAUUGUUGAAACCUCAAAAGCAAUUUUAAAUAAAUCACCUGCAAUCACUAAA